AUUUUGGUCUUGUAACGUGGCAACAGAUCAAGCAUGGCGGCUUGUUAUUACGGAAGUUCAAGAGAAGCAUACGUUAGAUCUGCCAAACUGUUUAUUCUCAAAGUUUUGGGAGUACCGAUGUUUUGAAAAAUCUGUUACGUUAGGUAAUUGACUGUAUUAUUUAAGUCACAAUGGCUGGCUGGGCAGGUUUUUCAGAUGAAGAGUUGCGGAGGAUGCAACAGAAAGCCCCCGCAGACGAAGUUGUGCCUAGCGUCUCCGGCCAUGGCCGGAGACCCGCACCCACCAACCGCAGCCGUCAACAGAUGCAGAUGGAAAGAGCCCUCAAGACGACUACUCGGAAGCAUGUGUCUGGCUCUCUUCCACCGGAGCAGCGUCUCGCGAAACCCGAAGAGCACGCAUCUAACGAGGUUCCUCCAGCACCGCCUGUGCCGGAGGCGACAGAGGCUGUUAAGGAAACCACACAGGAUGAUCGGAAAACUUUGAUCCUGAAAACAGAGCCAGAGCCAGAGCCAGAGCCAGACUCGGCCCCAGUGCCCAAGGAACUGGAAAAGCAGGAAGUGGAAUUGCGAGAGAAGACUCGAUUGGAACUCCUUCAACAAGAGCAGCGAAUGAUGGAAGAGAUGAAUAAACGCAAAAAAGCUCUUUUGUCAAAGACGCUUGCUGAAAAGUCCAGAAAAACACAGGCUGAGACUGUGAAACUUAAGAAGAUCCAAAGGGAACUACAGGCCCUGGAUGACAUGGUGUCCAAUGACAUCGGGAUACUGCGAGGAUGGAUAGAACAGGCUACCUGGAACUACUCUUCUGCGUGGACCCGGUACAACCGGGCGGAGGCCGAGUUUGUGAAGGCAAAGCUGGACCUGCACAGGAAGGCCGAGCUGAAGGAGCAGCUGACGGAGCACCUGUGCGCCAUCAUCCAGCAGAACGAGCAGCGCAAGGCCCGAAAGCUGGAGCAGCUGAUGAAGCAGCUGGAGCUGCAGCCUGACGAGGAGGGCCUGGAGCUGGAGAUCCAGGUGGAGCACAUGCUGAAGGAGCAGGAGGACGUGGAGGGGUCGGAACCAGUCCGCCAGGCCUGUGAGGAAAGGAAGGGGGCGGGGCCUGAAGCGGUCGAAGGCAGCAGUCAUGGUAACACAGGGAACAUGGAGGAGAUUCCGCUCUGUGCGAAAGAACUGGAAAAGAAAGACUUGUACUCUGAACCAGCAGUUAUUCCUGUGACCACUGAACCUGUGGCCAGUGAGGCACCAAUCUCAACUGCAUGAGACUUCCAACAAGAUCCCCCCUUAUUUUGCUGCUGAAAAGCUUUGGGGUGUACGCAUAAAUCUGCAGUGGUCAUUUACCAAAAUUAUGCAAAAAACGUUUAUUUCUGGCAAGUUAAAACUUAAGAAUGCCUAAAAAAAUCUGUCUUCUCUCACAAAGAUGAAAAGAGUGGUCUCCUAUAUGUCUUCCAGUAUGGCAUGUAAAUUGCAUUGCUUACUAUCAUUUAUGUUAUACCAUGAUGUUAUGUUUGAUGUUAUGUUAUACCAGCUCAUUUCUUUGUGGACAGCAGGCUGCAGUUGGCACAUUAGUGUGUCCAAUAAGCCCAUCCAUGUCACAUCAGGGGAUCUGAAGAGUCAGUUAAGAACUGAUGCUUAAUAUUAGGACCACAUGAGAGAGCUGUCUUUUACAGCAUUGCUUACAGAAAAUAUCAAUUUGGCUGAAAAAAACUUUCUUUUAAUGAAUUGUGAUUCCGCCCUGUUUGGCAUUACUUACAUUUUUAUGCAUACACCCAAUCAUGCAUAAAAUCAUGUGCCAAUCAUUAGAAUGCCUAACCCAGGAGUUCUCCUGGCACCUAUACACUUAGCCUAUCAACACUACACAUCACCUGAUACUGUAAAUUUGAUAUUGUUCUGAAUUAGUAUAUUUUAGAAUAUUGUCAAGUGCCAAGUCAUAAAUACAACACUUUAUUUGCUGACCAAUUAAAUGCAUUGCAUGUACAUAGGAUGGGGUGGAGACUUUAAUUGAAGAGGUCCAAAGAUUAUUUUUGAUAUCAUAAGUACUAUGUACUUGAAGUGAACAGCUGAAUGUGUUCUUAUCUUAAAUACUAUAAAAUAUCCUAAAGAAAUCAUAUACUAGUGCGAUGAACUUGUCUCCCUUUUUUUGCAAAAUGGUCUUUGAACAAAAGCAUGAUGUUUCAAAGUUCUUGCCAGUGUGUACUUGUACAUUAAUGCUUAAGAUUAAAGCAAAAAAAAAAAAAAAAACCAUUGUGCCAAUCCAGGGCAUUUGAACAUCAGUGAAACAUUUACUAGUGUAAUUUGUGUGUGGUUUGUGGGAGGGAGUGGGUGGUGUAGACACAACUGCGUCCUGAAAAAGAGGGCUGCUAUUAUGCACUCAUGAGAAAAUGUUCAUGAUUAAAGUGGCCAUAUUUCCCCAUCAGUGUAGUGGAUGCUAAAUCCGUCUCUGAAUACUGGCCUUUCCUUGUUUCGUUUUUUUCUUUUCGUGCAGUAGUUUUUUUAAAUGGGGUAUUCGGUGCUGAAACUGCCUCCCAUUUCAUGAGCAAUAUACUUCGCCUCUGCAUUAAGCUUGUACUACAGGGUGAUGUUCUGGGGAAUUUGGAAAUUUGGCAGAAUGUGUAUACAUAUAUAUAUAUAUAAUGUGUGUGUGUUUGUAUAAUAUCUAUGUGUCGGUCUAUGUAUACAUACAUACAGUGGCUCCAUAAUGUUUGGGACAGGCUUUUUUCUUCUUGAUUUGGCUCUGUGCUCCGCAGUUUUUUUUAUUUUUGAUCGAACCGCAGAGUAUCACCAUAGCAGAUACUCAGCACCUGGUGAUGUCUACGGGUCACAGACUUCACACAGUCAUUGCAUGCAAAGGAUAUGCAGCAAAACACUAAAACGCAUGACUACUUUCAUUUACAUAAUGUUAACAUGUCCCAGACAUUAUGGUUCCCUGAAAUGACUAUGUAUGAAACGUGCUGUAAUUUCUACAUGGUGAAACCAAAUUUAAUUUAAAAAAUACAAUUUAAUAAAAGCGGAGAAUCUGCACUUUA